AUGACAAAGACAAUUGAAGAGACAUAUCAAAAAAAAACACCUUUAGAGCACAUUUUAUUAAGACCCGAUACAUACAUAGGCUCAGUGGAAAAAGAAGUACAAAACAUGUACGUAUGGGAUGAAAUAAAUGGAAAAAUUGUAAGUAAAAAUAUCAGCUUUGUUCCUGGGUUAUAUAAAAUAUUUGAUGAGAUUAUUGUCAAUGCAGCAGAUAAUAAGAUAAGAGACCCAAAAAUGAAAAAUAUUAAAGUAGAAAUUAAUAAAGAAGACAAUAUAAUAAGUGUAUAUAAUGAUGGUAAAGGUGUACCAAUCAAAAUACAUUCACAAGAAAAAGUUUAUGUUCCUGAGUUAAUUUUUGGCCAACUUCUUACAUCAUCAAAUUAUGAUGAUAAAGAAAAAAAAGUUACAGGAGGAAGAAAUGGAUAUGGUGCAAAAUUAUGCAACAUAUUUUCAUCAGAAUUUGUUGUAGAGACAUCUGAUCAAGAAGUAGGAAAAAUAUAUAAACAAGUUUUUAAAAAUAAUAUGACUGUUACAGGAAAGCCGGAGAUUAAAACAUAUAAAAAAAGUGAUUUUACAAAAAUAACUUUUAAGCCAAACCUGGUACGGUUUGGUAUGAAAAAUCUUGAUGAUGAUAUUGUUUCGUUAUUUAAAAAAAGGGUUUAUGAUCUUUCAGGCAUAGUUAAAAAUGUAAAUGUGUAUUUAAAUGAACAAAAAAUCGAAAUAAAGAAUUUUAAAGAUUACGUUAAAUUAUAUCUUCCAGAAGAUGCAGUUGUAGUGCAUGAAAUAAUAAAUGAAAGGUGGGAACUUGCAUUUACAACUAGUGAAGAACAAUUUCAGCAAGUUUCAUUCGUUAAUAGUAUUUCUACAUCAAAAGGUGGGUCACAUGUAAAUCACGUUGUAGAACAGCUUACUGAUCCAAUAAUAGAAGCUCUUAAAAAAAAGAAAAUUAGUAAUGUAAAACCAUUUCAGGUAAAAUCAUCUAUGUUUUUAUUUAUAAAUUCAUUAAUUGAUAAUCCAGCAUUUGAUUCACAGACUAAAGAAAAUUUAACUUUACGUGUGGGAGCUUUUGGUUCUAAAUGUGAACCUUUAAAAGAUUUUAUUGAUAAAGUCAUAAAAAAUACAGAAGUAGUUACGAAAAUAGCAGAUUUUGUAAAAGCGAAAGAAGAUGCUGCAUUAAAGAAAACUGAUGGUAAGAAAAAAGGACGAAUAAUUAUUGAUAAACUUGAAGAUGCAAAAUGGGCGGGCACUGCUAAAUCUAAUGAAUGUACAUUGUAUCUAACAGAAGGAGAUUCUGCUAAAACGAUGGUAAUGUCAGGAAGGUCUAUUGUAGGAACAGAAAGACUAGGUGUGUAUCCUUUAAGAGGUAAGCUUUUAAAUGUAAGAGAAGCUACUAAUAAGCAAAUAUCAGAAAAUGUAGAAAUUAUUGCUAUAAAAAAGAUUUUAGGGCUACAACACGCGAAAACGUACACCGAUACUAGUAGCUUAAGGUAUGGACAUGUUAUGAUAAUAACAGAUCAAGAUCAUGAUGGAAGUCACAUUAAAGGACUUCUUAUCAAUUUUUUUGAUUAUUGGUAUCCUUCACUACUUAAAAUUUCAGGAUUUCUACAAGAGUUUAUUACUCCGAUUGUUAGAGGAAAAAAUUCUAGAGGAGAAAUAGUUAAUUUUUUUACAAUUCCAGAAUAUUUGGAAUUUAAGGAGCAAAACCCUAAUUAUACUUUUAAAUAUUAUAAAGGGUUGGGUACAUCGACGGCUAAAGAUGCAGUAGAAUAUUUUAAAAAUCUACCUCUGCAUGUUAAGAAUUUUUGUCCAAUGACAGAUGAAGAUAAAGAGUCUAUUGAAUUGGCUUUUAGCAAGAAAAAAGUUGAUAGUAGAAAAACGUGGCUUCUUGGUCUUGAACAGGGUACUUUUUUAGAUCAAAGGCCCAGUGAAAUUUCUAUAUCAGAUUUUAUUAACAAGGAAUUAAUUUUAUUUUCUAUGGCUGAUAAUUUUAGAUCAAUACCAAAUGUGUUAGACGGGUUUAAGCCAGGACAGAGGAAAAUUUUAUUUACUUGUUUUAAAAAAAAUAUUUAUAAGGAAGUUAAAGUAUCAGUCCUUGCUGGGUCAGUUAAUGCAUCUACACAGUAUCAUCACGGCGAAGUUUCUUUAAAUACAACCAUUGUCGGUUUAGCACAAAAUUUUGUUGGUUCAAAUAACAUAAAUUUACUUGUACCAGAAGGACAGUUUGGUUCAAGAUUAAAAGGCGGAAAGGAUUCUGCAGCACAUCGUUAUAUUUUUACUUAUCUUAAUCCUAUUACUAGAUUAAUAUUUCAUAAAUCAGAUGAUUUAAUUUUGAAAUAUUUAGAUGAAGAGAAUCAAUCGAUCGAACCAGAGUGGUAUGUUCCUAUUAUUCCUAUGGUAUUGGUUAAUGGGGCAGAAGGUAUUGGAACAGGUUGGUCUACAAACAUCCCUAAUUUUAAUCCAUUAGAUAUUGUAAAUAAUAUUAGAAAACUAUUAAAAGAUGAACCAAUGAUUGAAAUGAUGCCUUAUUAUAGAAAUUUUGUAGGUACAGUUACUAAAUUAUCACCAGGUAAAUAUCAAACAGAUGGUGUUUGGGAGGAAACAGAGACAGAUUUGCACAUUACAGAAUUACCAGUAGGGACCUGGACUUAUAAUUAUAAAUCUUAUAUAGACAGUCUAAAACAAAGUAAUUUAAUUGAUGAAUAUGAUGACUGUAACACUGAUAAGACAAUUAAUAUAAAAAUACAUUACUCAAAAAAAUUAAAGAACAAAAAACUUUCUACUUUGAUUUCAACUAAUAAUAUGAUUUGUUUUGAUCCAAAUCAUAAAAUAAAGAAAUACGAAACACCAGAAGAAAUAAUAAAAGAAUUUUAUUAUGUUAGAUUAACUUUCUAUUUAAAGAGAAAAGAAAAAUUAUUAGAAAUACUUAAAGAAAGAAUGUUAAAAAAUGAAAACAAGGUUAGAUUUAUAAAAGCAGUAGUAUCAGAUCAACUAAUAAUAAAUAAAAAAAAGCGCAAAGAUAUUAUAUCCGAGCUUGAGAAAGAAAAUUACGAGCCAUUUGAUAAUUAUAAUUACCUUUUGUCAAUGGAACUUUAUUCGCUGACAUUUGAGAGGAUUGAAAAGCUUAAUGAAGAAUACGAACAAAGUAGAAAGGAAUAUGAAUCAUUGUUAAGAAAAACACCCAAAGAUUUAUGGAAUGAAGAUUUAGAUGAAUUUGAAGAAAAAUAUAUUGAAUUUUUGCACGCAGAAGAGGAAGAAUAUGAAAAGUUAAGAAAUGGAUCAGUAGGUACACUAAAGCCGGUUAAAAAGAAAUCUAAACUUAACAAAACUGUAAAAAUUUCAGAAAGAAAGACUACUAUCACAAAAACAACACCAACUAAAAAAACAGUAAAAAAAAGUGUGACUACAGAAAAAUCUGUAUCAACAAAAAGAGCUAAAAUUACAAAAAUUGAACCUCAAAAACGGCAAAAAAUUAAGAAAGAUAAGGAGAAUACUACUGAAAUAAAAACACCUUUGAGUCGUGACUUAUUUAUUGAUGAUACAGAAUCGAGCGAUAUAAGUAAAAUUAAUGCGUGGCAUAAAUAUUAA